CAGCAGUAUACAACAUUGGAAUAAACGUUACUACAGAGUUUCAUCGUUGCCGUCCAUGAAUUCAGUAUAAUAUCGAUGUAACUAAAUUCUAAUAACGCGUGUGAUUUCUUUAGCAUUUUAGUGUUUCCAAGGAGAAUCGAAGCUAAGGAUUUCGAAGCUACGCAAGCUGAUACUACGAAUAAUAAUAUUUUAUUCGCAAAAGAAUCGUAAGAGCCAUAUGUCUUCCCGAUGCAUCGCAACCACCCGUCCCUUGUAACGCGCUCAUUUGUCAGCACGCAAUCUGCCAUCGUUUGCGAAUUUGAUGUUGCAAGUCAAAACACAUGGACAAUAUUUUUGCAAAAUUACGAGCCCUUUAUGGGGAUGUGGAACAUUGGGGAGGAAGCUUUACAAAUAUGGUGGCCGAAGCGUAUUACAUACGGAAUCCUUAUCCCGUACCGGAUGUCUCUCGAGAGGGUUGUUGGACGGCCGGUGGACCUGUGUUAGGUGAUAAAGUCUUACGUAACUACAAGGACUGGGAUUUGAAAUUGACUCCUUACGAACGCCUCUUCGCUCAUCAUACCUUGAAUAGUAUAAGAAAAGAUUGUCGAUUGAUCAGACCAAAGGUACCAAAUGAUUCUUUGGACUUGGCAUUGAAUAGUAUUUACGUUCAUAGCAAGGACACGUUAGUUCCAAAGAUGUAUACAAUCAUGCAACCAGAAACUCUAGGACGAGAGACUUGGCGAGUUCUCAAGAAUGAGAUAAAGAUCGUACCUAAGAAGCCAAUAUUACCGGUUGAACAGACGAGAAAGGUAAUCAUAACUAAAAAUAUAUUCGAGUCCUCGACGAAGGAAAGGAUUUUGGGUGAAUCAUUAAAAUGUUAUCGCGGACCGGUCACUCAGGAUAGGAUACAUCCUAGCAGUGUGAAAUUAGCUAUGGAGGGUCCUCACACGGAUCAAUCGAAUCCUGGCUACAGUCGUAAAAUUGACGGAACUUUUUACAAUAUUUAAAGAUGGAUUUCCGAGAUUGUAGUGGGAGAGAGAUAUUUGAAUCUAUAUAUAUCUGCACACACAUACACACACAUACAUACACACACACACACACACACACACACACACACAUACAAUAUAUAUAUAUAUAUAUCGACAAAUCGUGUUAAGCCUUCUGACCACUUCGUAUUUUCAAGAAUAACCAAUCGGAUUUGCUUCUUUCCACUGAAGCCGAGUACACAGAAUGAAUUGUUUGAAGGUCCACAAAUCGAUGCUUUAAAACGCGAUCGAUAAUCUAGAUUAUCUAGGUGUCUUUGCUCUACUGGAAUUAGUCAAACGUAUAGAUAUAAAAUAAAUAUCAUCGUAUAUGUUGAAACGAAAUGAAACGAAACGAAACUGAACGUAAUGAAAUUCCCUAUUCCGUCGCUUCUUGACGUCGUAUCAUAUCAAUGAAACAACGUGUGAUUUGAAUGGGACGCGAAAAUGAGAUUGAUUGAUAUCAUUCGAAUGAUUUAAUAUUAUUAAAUCUAUAAUAAUAUGCGCCAACGAAGUAAUUUGUAAUUUUAAUCGAUCGAAGAAGAGAGGAUGGGAUUAAUUUUCGAAGGUCAAUUCGAAAGUCCGAAGAGGAUCUUACCGGCUGUUGGAAGAUCGUACCUUUCAAAGAGACGAGCAUGCUUGGAUAAACAUCGAACAUACGUUGGUGGGAAGCUCGAAAGAAGUAGAAGAAGAAGAAGAAGAAGAAAAAAAAACAGGAAAAAGAAGAAAAAGAAGAAGAAGAAGGUGGAGAUGAAGAAGCGACAAAAAAGGUUGGGAAGCUGAGGUCAAGCCGGAAGAUUAUACUACAGCUUGCGAGAAAGAGAGAGAAAGAGAGAGAGAGAGAGAGAGAGAGAGAGAGAGAGAGAUAAGGAGAGAGAGGAAGAGAGAGAGAGAGAGAGAGAGAGAGAGAAAUGUUGGGUCACGUUAAUUAGGGAAUUCUAAUUAUAGUGAAUGCGUAGGAACAGAGCGAGCGUGCCACGGCAGAAGCCUGGAGGAUCAAAAUGCAGCCCUCCGCGAACGAGCCAAGAUUACCUUCGAGGGUCCUUCAUGUCCCUUUCGCUAGCAGGGCGAACCUGCCUGUCUCAACGACACGGUUCCUCUCUCUCUCCCUCUUUCCUUCUUCCUCUCUUUCUGUCCCCCUCUCUCUCUCUAUUUCUCUCUCUCUCUCUCUCUCUCUGUUUCUCUAGCUACUUCAGAUAUCACCUAAAAUAACAUCGACCUGGCAACCCUUAGUAUACUUACGUAUAACUCUAUAACAAAUGGAUUAGUAUUCUGGUGUGUAUUGUAGAUAAUCCUAUAGUUUGGGUCGUUCAUGCUAGUUAUCUCGAUUACUUGUUACCUAAUUCGUUAUCCUUCUUCUUCUUUUUCUUCUUCUUUUUCUUCUUCUCCUUCUUCUUCUCCUUCUUCUUCUUCUUCUCCUCCUUCU